CCCUGUCAGGUGGGAGAGCAUGGUGUGUGUUGAGUUGCAGGAAAGGAGAGCUGUGGGCAAUGGAAAGUCCAGUGAGCACCAUGGAGGCCAUCUGCCUUGGAUCAAGCAUGGCCCUAUCUGGAAUUUUCUACUACGUCUACAAAAGGAAACGUAGGACGGUGGAAAAGUUAAAUGAUGCACCACAAUUGCCGCUCAAUGAUCAGCUGGAGAACCUCCUCAACCAGGCCCCGGGGAAGUGUCUGCAGUACGUAGUCAUCGAAGGAGUGGUGCAUGCAGCAGGGGAGCCUCUGCAUAGCCAGUUCCAGGAGGGCAGUCGAGGGGUCAUCCAGAAAACGGUUCUGCGGGAGCACAAGCUCGUAUGGAGCAGCUUGGCACGGGCUUGGACGGACAGUGAGCGGGUUCUGCACCAGCGCGUGGACUCGGUGCCGUUUAACUUGGUGGGUCCUGACCAGAGCACUGCUGUGCGCGUGAUCUCGCCGCUGGAGGCCACGGGGCCAGAGAUGGAGGUCACGCACGAGAAGUUCCAUCACGCCGGCUCGGUGGGCUUCGGCGACCUCCUCGGCCAGUAUCUGAGCGGCGAGAAGCCGAAGGGACACCUGGAGACGGAGGAGAUGCUCAAGGUGGGCUCCAUGGUGACCGGCGUGGGGGAGCUGGUGAUCGACACCGACCAGAUAGUGAAGCUCCGCCCCCCGACGGACGGCCAGGAGUACUUCCUGUGCACGUGCGACCUGGAGACGCUGCGGGCGGACCAGGAAGUGCAGGCGCAGGUGUGGCGCUUCAUGGCGGCGGCGUGCACCCUGGCGGGCGUGGCCAUACUGGCCUGGGCUGCACGACGCUACUACCGGCGGCUGAGAGAGAAGUGGGAGCACGACCGGCUCCUGCGGGAAUUCCGGAGCCGUGUCCCACCGCCGCGUGCAGCAGGGGACGGGGCCGAGGGUGGCGAGGCGGGGGCAGGGGCGGCAGACCGCCCGGAUAACAUGUGCGUCAUCUGCCUGGAGAACCCACGCAGCUGCGUGCUGUUGAACUGCGGACACGUGUGCUGCUGUCACGAGUGUUACCGGAGCUUGCCGAGACCCAACUGCCCAAUUUGUCGGCAGAACAUUGUUCGAGUGGUACCGUUGUACCAAGUUUGACCUACACACGGUCUAUGUCUAUGUCUCUCAUAUCGUUGAUUAGGACCUUGGCAGGCUCAAUGGAUUGUAUGGAGUGCCCCAUCAGAGUUUCCCCUGGGAUGGUCAAGCAUCAAAUAAGGUCAUUUUUCAAGAUGAAAUGCAGUUUAAUUAAAACCUGUACCUGUUUUAAAUCUUAAUGGUGGCCAGUCAAAAAAAAACAAAAAACAAAAACAAUUACAAAUAAAUGGUACAAAGAUGUAUUCCAUGGAGGAAUUGACUCAGAAUAAGACAUGAAAUAGAAUCCGGUGUGAAAAAAAAUGACUAAGUGGAUUAUUUACACUGCAGUAAGUAAUUGAACAGGUUGGACAUAAUAUAUCAUCAUUUACCACCUUUUGCUAUACCCAAACCUGGACUGUGUGUUUUUUUCAUCUCUUCUUUCUUAUUGUUUGAAAAACACAAACUUUAUAUGUAAAGAAAAAUGGCAAGAAAACUACAUUCUGCCAGGCUAUGUAAACUUAUGACCAGUCCUGUACGUCUAUACACACACAUGUACUGUACUUAUGAACACGUGCACACAUUGUUAAAUGCAGCUCUGCCCCUGCAGAUGUGUUGGACUGCUUUUUUGUGUUGUGUGUAAAUCACAAGCUGGACACUAGUCACAUUCUGUGCAAUAAUAUCAGUGAAGGUGUAUGGGUGACUGGGACAUACUUGCCAAUAAUGUACCGGUCAAAGGAAAUUGGAUACUUUUGAUAUUUUGUAUAUAUGAUGUAGAUAGACUUGGCUGCCCUCUUAAAGAUUUGUUGAAAUGUAAGAUUUUGUGCCUUAAUUGUUUUAUGAAACUGCUGCUAUAUAGAUUUGUGUAUAACUCUCAACAUUGAAAACUAUACGGUUUGUUUGAUUUUAAGAGUGACAUUGUUUUGCAAUACCAGCAAAAACAUUUUGAAAACUGUGAAUGUGUGAAUAAAUGAUCCCAUCCUCUGA